AAGGAAGGCUCAGAACUACGUUUCCCAGAGGGCACCGGCUGUGUACAAAGAUGUCCCUGGCCUUGGACAGGGGAGCUGUUUGCACAGAACAGAACGACAGAGACUGACAGGUGUGCGGACACCUGGAUGAGGUCUGUUUGGAGAGCCUCCGGAGGCUCGACCAGUUUUCCACCUCUUCACAAUGAGACAGUUCUGGCUUCACUUCUUCCCUUCACCCUGUAGUUGAUAGUUCUAGAUGUGGAGGCAAUGCUGGAGUAGAGAUGGCAGACAGUGUCAAGAUCUUCCUUAAUGAUCUCAUCAGGGGAAUUAAAGACUCCAUAUGGGGGAUCUGGACAAUCUCCAAGUUGGAUGCUCGAAUCCAGCAGAAAAGGGAAGAGCAGCGAAAAAGAAGAGCAAGCAGUGUGCUUGCCCAGCGAAGAGCACAGAGUGAAGAGAGGAAGCAGGAGAAUGAGCCCCGGAUAGUAAGCCGAAUAGUUCAGUGUUGUGCGUGGAAUGGCGGUGUAUUCUGGCUUAGUCUCCUCUUGUUCUAUCAGGUAUUUAUACCUGUACUUCAGUCAGCCACAGCACAAAUAAUCGGUGACCCCUCCUUACACGGUGAUGUCUGGUCCUGGCUGGAAUUUAUCCUCACCUCCAUCUUCAGUGCCCUUUGGGUUCUUCCCCUCUUUGUGCUGAGUAAAGUUGUCAAUGCCAUCUGGUUUCAGGACAUUGCUGAUCUGGCUUUCGAGGUGUCGGGAAGAAAGCCCCAGCCUUUCCCCAGCGUCAGUAAAAUCAUUGCUGACAUGCUGUUUAAUCUCUUACUGCAAGCUCUUUUCCUCAUCCAGGGAAUGAUUGUAAGCCUGUUUCCCAUUGAUAUCAUUGGCCAGUUAAUUAGCCUGCUUCAUAUGUCGCUGCUCUACUCACUGUACUGCUUUGAGUAUCGUUGGUUUAACAAAGGAAUUGAAAUGCAUCAACGAUUAUCCAACAUUGAAAGAAACUGGCCUUAUUACUUUGGAUUUGGCUUACCACUGGCCUUCCUCACUGCAAUGCAGUCUUCUUACAUUAUCAGUGGCUGUCUGUUCUCCAUUCUUUUUCCUCUGUUUAUCAUCAGCGCCAAUGAAGCAAAGACACCAGGGAAAGCAUACCACUUCCAGCUGCGCCUCUUUUCCUUGGUGGUCUUCCUCAGCAACAGACUCUUUCACAAGACGGUUUACCUUCAGUCUAGCCUGAGCAACUCUGCUUCAGCCGAUCGACUUCAGCCCUCUCCACACUCAUCACCUGCCAGACAAAAGGCUGCUUUGGCGCACUGAACCAUAACCAAAGCAGAGGGGGGGGGGCGGGAAGAGUAACUGUUCCUGGCUGCUGUAUACAUGGUCCUUUGGUGCAGGGGAGGGCAGUCAGUGUUCUGCCAAGGGGCUUGCGCAUCCUCCUCCCCCCUCCCAUCAUUCUUGUGAGCCCCAGUUGAACACCAGCUCUGUGUCACACUGAGCGUGUGGAGUAAAAUAUUGGGGUGGGGGAGGGAAGGGAGCAGUAGAGCCUGGGUUUUUUAAACACCUUUUGUGAGUUUUUCAAAAGCAAGGUUCUUUGCUUGUUUUCACAGCAUGCAAUGAACCUGUGUCUAUACUGGUUGGUGUUUUUUUGUUCGUUUCUUUUGUUUUUGAUACUUCUCCACCUGACCCUGUGCCAUUUCCCCCUCCUGAUGAAUGAUUUUUUUGUAAUGCAUAUUUUGUCGUAGCUUUGUGAUAACGCUGAUGGGGUCUUUACGGUGAACCGCACCAGGAGUGUUUGGGUUUUCUCAAUGAUCGUAGUUCUUUGUAAUAGCAUAUAACUCAGGUCAGGAUUUUGUAAUCCCUGUUGUGCUGAAAUGAAAAGUGGAUCAUGUAGUUCUAGGUUCAAGAUCAAGACGCAGAGUAGGAGGAUUCCGCCCUCUUUUUUUUCUUUUUUGGUAUUUGGUGACAUCUGUACAGUUCUUUCUGCCAACUGACACACUUUGGUAGUGUCACUUUAAAGGACCUUGAUGAGUGCCACUCAAACUGUUUUAUGCUGGAAGGGAUCUGCUUUGGUGGAUGAAACAAAUUCCUAACCUUAACAGCAGAAUGUAUGGAUUAUUAUUUUUUUAAACCUACAUCCUUGGAGCUCCCCCACC